GUUGUGACUCUCUUUUCCUCUACGUAGCAAAGAAAGGAGUGGUAUGAUAUUAUUGUUGCAGGGGUAAAAGAAAAGCAUGGCGUUUGUGUGACAUUCAAGGACAUAGUUGUUUCCAGUCUCCAACAAAUAUUUUGUCAGCAUCCUUUUGUAAUUGUAGCUACGACCACAAUCUUACUAACUUUAAGAACGUUAAGAAUUUUUAUUUGCCUAAACUUAACCAUAUCUUAAGAACUCACACAGGCGGUAGAUAGCAAGGUGAAAAUGAAGUGAAGUGGGAGUGGCAAGCUGCUGAAAGAUAAGAAAAAGUUGCUGUAGUGAGCAGAUCAAGAACAGGAAAGAAGAAGCAGUUGAGAGAUAAGUUAAGCUCUCAGAAAACCCUAUGAUGCUCCGGGAACCAGUUUGACCUCAAAGUGGAAUCUAAGGUGACCAUGGAUAACAGAUACAAACCUGAUGCUUCAGCCAGGAUGAGAAAACUCUACAGACUGGCUGGUGUGAGCCUUGGACUCCUGUUUAUCCUACAGGCUGCUUUGAACAUUUCCCUGCGUCUUACUUUCCAUGCAAAGACGUCAGAUUCUGAGACCAUGAUCAAAAAUCUGACUGAAGAGAGCGAUGAGAUGAAGAGGAAGCUGAAUAUUUCUGAUGCAAGGACAGCACAUUUUAAGGCCAUGAUCAAAAACCUGACUGAAGAGAGAGAGGAGCUGAAGAGGAAGCUGAAUAUUUUUGAUAACUACAUCCAGCAAAGAUGGGUGUAUUUCAAACACAGUUUCUACUACAUUUCUUCUACAACAAAAUCUUGGCAAGACAGUAGAAAUGACUGCCUGCAAAGAGGUGCAGACCUGGUGAUUAUCAACAGCAAAGAGGAACAGGAAUUCAUGAGACAAUUCAAACAGCGCACAUGGAUUGGACUGACUGACAGAGAGACAGAGGGAACGUGGAGAUGGGUGGAUGGGACUUUGCUGAACACAAGCUACUGGGCCACUGGGGAGCCCAACUCCUAUCAAGGCAGAGAUGAAGACUGUGGGGAAAUACGGUUCUAUGGAAGUGAAAACAGCUGGAAUGAUGCAUCAUGUACGUCACAAAAAUACUGGAUCUGUGAAAAGACGGUGGCCUUUUAACUCAGCAUCCAAACCCACCAGGUUGAUAACUGAUGAGCUGCAGGGAAAGUGACUCACUGAACUGCACAGAUACAAACACAUAAGUUAGUGUGCCUUCAUAAGCCUUUUUCAUAGGAAAUAUUUUGACAUGUAACCAUAGUGAAAGUAAAGCUACAAAAAAAUUAAUUAGUGAUUCCCAAACUCAGUUUAGCUUCAUUUGUUUCAGCGUCUUGGUCUUGUGAAUGCUGUUUUUGAUAGCGGAGGUUGCAAGAGAUACAUUUGCAGGGCAGACAGCAAAGGCAAGUUAAAGUGAGAAAGUGUGAGUAAUGAGUUGUUGAAACAGGAGGGAGAUUUAAUGUGUUUCUGAAUAAGAUUACUCACAGAGCACAGUUCUUCUGAAGUUGAAAUGUAAAAAGAACUGGAUCCUUUCUUUGGCAGAUGUUGGAGAAAACUGCAAACACACAGAUUUCUAUCAGAUAUCUGUGAGCUCCGGUCCUUGAAUAUAUAUCCUGCAUGUAGAGUGACAGUGUACACUUCAGCUCUCAGAUAUUAAUUCUUGAGAGGUUUUUCACACUGUUACAGCUGCGUUACACUGUUAACCUACUGUAUCUCUCGAGGUGAAUAUAAAUGUGUCUUGUAGGCUUUUUAUUUCAUAACUCUAUUUCAUAAGGUAUUUUCACUACUAAAGCAUUGUACAAACUGAAAUGGUAGGGGACUCCAGUCACUAUGUUUUCUUAUCUCACAACUAUCUUAUAGAAAGCCCCAGUGUUGAACUGUUUUUUCAACUUAUAUUAUGUCUAGCCUACAUGCAUAAUCUUCAGCUAAUUUGACUGAGAAAACCAUGGGGCAGGGUGUUAUUCCACAACAGGUGAAAAAGCAGGUGUAAAGGUGUAAAUAAUAAAGCUAAUAUUUGCAUUUAGCUUUUUCUGUUUCAGAGUCCUGAUAUACACGAAUAGAACAGAUCAUCAUCAGUGUUUCUGUAUGAUUAUUUGUAAACUCUACAUUUUCAUCCCCCCCCCAAAAAAAACUAAAUAGAAUGAAAUUUAGUUGGAAAACUAAAUAGAUGGCAAUGUGUA